GAGUGCUUGCUGUUGCAUCAUCAACCUGAUGGCCCGAAAUAUCUUGCGGAUGAUUGUGAAUUUGAGGAAACACUCGGUCUCUAACUUCCUGAACGAUUCCGUUUGUGUUUUAUUGCAUUUCCUAAUAUCCUCCCAUGAGCCUCAUUAUUUGGUCCCUGGGCAGUUUCACGAGUGACCCCAGAGGCGAGAAACCCGGGAGGGGAUCGCGGCCGCACACCGUCACAACGAUUGAGCAAAUUGGUCAAAAAGAAAAGGGGCGCGUUUAUUCGACCUUUAAUGUCAAGACAAUUUAUCUUGAGGGUGUGCACGACUCUUGGGAAUCCUGUGAUUUCUCUGCUCGAGCACGCCCGUGGUGUGCAAGAGGCCUGCAAUUGAACGAAACGUUGACGAAAAACCAAAUUUCAGUGUCACAUGUUCGGCAAAUUCCAAUUGAAUUGAAGUCCAAUGACAGUUCUCCGUUCCAACUUCGUUCAUGGGUGGCGUAUUCGAGCUUAACUGGCGCCAAAGUCUUUCUUCACCGGCCUGUGCUAUACGCGGGGUCUUUUGAUCGUGCCGCACUCUUACUAGUUUCGAAAUUCGAAAUGACACUUACUGCUGGUAUCGAAGUUCUCUUGCCGAACGCCGCAUUAUUGAACGACUACGGUUUGCUCUGCUGAGUUACCCGUUUUACUACAGUAUUAAUUGUUCGCGCGGCAAUAACCACUCAAUUGUAUUCCAAUGUUUACACUCGAUCUGUGUUCAAAUUUGACAUGGCCAUCUUCUGAGAAGGACGCGGCGAAGGGAGUUCCCGAAAGGACUUUUCCGCCUUGGAUUUGAUCGGCGUGCAUCUGUCAUCUCCCAUGCGGCACCGGAUCAUCUAGUUUAGUAUCUGUGGCGUGUGCUUUAUAAAGUCAUUAUCUUUCCAAGGGUUUGGUCCCAACUUCAUGGGCCUUUGUGAACAUUGCGAUAACGGGAAUAGUC